AUGCGUCUCAAUUGUUGCAGGUUGACCGACAUUCUCUCCCAGUCCAGACGGCUUUUCGGAGGCUUGCACUCCGUAGGUUAAUCUUUUUGCGCAUCUUGGCACUCCCAACAGAAUACAAGCUUCCCUCGGAAAAAUCGAAAUCGGUUUCUCAUCGAAUGAAAUUUUGAGUCUACAAAGUUUAAAAAAUUAGGAAUUGAAAACAUAAUGAGCGUUUAGCUGAUUGAAGGUUUCAUUUUUUCAAUUUUUAGUAUACAGUUAUGUUAUAGAAAAUCAAAUCAAGUUGCAGUAGAAAAUUUCUCUGGAAGUGUUUUGAGAAGGACGAUCGUCUCAUUGAAAAUUUUCAAACUUGAAACAAAUUUUUCAAAAGUCUCAAAAUCUAGAACAAGGUUCCUCAUGAUAGCAACCUGUGCGAAUUUCUAAUUUUGUUCAAGUUUCGAGUUUACCAGGGAAUGAGGUCGAAAUUAAAUUUUUAGGAACUUCGAAAAAUCACUUCUUCAACCUAUAAGUUAGAGAAGGCAGCCCCGAAAAAAAAAAUGAGUAUCUGACUAUCGAUUAUUAUUAUCUAUUUUGAGAUUUUUCGAAAUAAAUCGAGUUCAUUGUAACCGAAUCUAACAGUUUCGCUUUACUCACCUGUUUGCGCGACUACAAUGUGGUCAACGCAGAGAACUGAUAAGACGCUCCUUUUUCUGCUACUCUGUUUAGUACUGAGAUAUUAGAAGUCUUUUUCCUUGUUUUUUAUUCCAAUUCCACUAUUUUUCGUUUUGUUUUUCAAAUAUAAAAUAUUUCAAAUUUCUUCUUAUCUUUGAAAACUAGUGCCCAAGUUUCAGCUAUUAAACUGUUUUUCUGAAAAUGAAACCAAUAGAAAACCGCUCUUGUUCGAAAUCGAGAUGUCUAUGACAAUAAUACAUUUUUCAGCCAAUCAGAUGUACUCGACGUGGGAGUUUGUCAAAAGACACAAGGGAAAGUUCAUAGCUGGUGGUGUACUUCUUGGGAGCGCCAUCGCAUUUUCUCAACAGAAACAUCCAACCCGACUCGAGCGUCCUCAUGCUCAUACGGAGCUGAACAUACAGGUGAUAUCUAAACUUCAUUGAUUGCAAGCUCAAAACAAAUAACAGUUAAUAAUUUUCAAAAUUACUCAAGCCUAAUCUGGAUACUUUUGAUAAAAUUGCGUUACAAAAUUUUUUAAUCGUGAUAAAUUUAUAAUAUUUUCACCAUUUUCAGCUGACUCCGUAAAAAGUUUAUUUUUGUUCCGUAUCACUGAUAGAUGAACUAUAAUCUCUUUGUAUUUUUUCUUGUUUUCUAUUUGCUUUUUUCGUUAAGGCCAGGAAGCAUUACAUAUUCGACUCUACGCACCAAUCCUGCGAUCAAUCAAUCACUGACUUGAUUCCGACCAUUACUGCUCAGAUAGAGGUAAUCAAAAUCUGAAAGAAGCUGCAAAGUGCUAUUUUGAGGCUCGGUUUGACGUUGAAGCUUUGACAGGUAAACUGCAGAAUGAUCCGAAUCUCAGUUCCGAGGAAAAAGUCCGGUUAUGGGAGACUCUUAAGGUUAUAAUUUCAUAAAAACGAUCAACUUUGUUCAGAAUAUCAUUAAGGAGCUUCAGCCCAUGAAACAUGUUGAGAAAACAAAAAAUAUUGUAUUUUGUGGAGAAGAUUGAAAGUAUUUCCCAGGAUUUUUGUGUCCUAAUUUUUGAUAUUAUUUAAACUAACUAUGCGAGUUCAGAUCUACGCUUUUUGUCGGAUUGUGUCAGUUGCCUACGGUUUCUCGAUUUUAACGCUGGCUCUGAAAGCUCAAAUGUCGGUUUUGGCAGCAGACGCUUGUAGUCAGUUUGAAGCGAACCUUGGAAAAAGCUCGAAAUCUUCUUCUUGGUACGUACUGAAAAAAUUACCCAUUAAGGUUCAUGAAAAUGUACCACUAAAGGUUCUCUUACCUGCCGGAAAGCAUCCGACCCGUUGUUCAAGAAAAUGACAGGAAACCCAAUAGUUCUGAAGUGGCCGCCGAAGUUGGAAAUCGUCAAAUUUUUUUGCAAUGCAUUCAGUAUUACACUCUCACUGGUUCGUUUUUUCACCCAAAAAGGAUUUUUUUGAAGUCGUAUUUUUUUUCUGAAAAUCGAUCAGGAUGUUUUCUCUGAGCCGGUAGAACAUUCUGAAAACUUAAAAAAUUUUCAAAGUUUUUUUUAAGGUGUAACCAAGCUCAUGGAGCAAAUCAACGAUGCUGUGGUCACUGUAGUUUCUGACUGGUCGUUGAAAGAUCGAAGAACGAAAGACGAGAUCCGACAACUGUUUUAUAGAAUUGAAGAUAAAGUGUGUACAAAAGGGUUGAUUGUGAACCUUGUUGCUCCCCUGAACCAAUCCGAGGUUUUCCGAAUGAGUUUUCGAAGAAAUCAGUUCAUUUUUCAGGGAAAUUCAUUGGAUAGCGUUAUAAAACUUCUGAACAAAUUGAAGUUGAACAUAGACUCUCAACGAUGUUUCGUCACUCUGAGAAGCCUUGUCGACUUUUAUUUUUCUGCUGCCCUCAAGGUGUUUUAUUUGAAGUAUUUAUUUAUUUGCAGUUUUUAGAUGAUCGAUGGGGAAUCCCUACCACUUUUCAACUACCUUCCUACGCUUUCAAAUUCUUAUCAAACUCUGAAAUCAACUACAUUUGACAGUCCUUUGUUCAAUUCACUAUAUUCUACUGAUGUUCAUCAAUUUGCUGUAGAGGUCUUCAAUAGUUAAAGUUUAAUCCAAGAUUUUUUGCUUAUCUCAGAGAGCAUCCCAUCAACAAUUCUUUAUAACAAUGUAUAAAUUUUUGUUGAAAUCUUUUCGUACGCUUAACAUCUUUGCAAAAAAACGCUAAAGAGGCCAGAAUCUCAUGCAACACUGCGCUGGCGCGCAUUUGCUCCUUUCUUCACACUUUCAAACGCUUUUUUUCUUUCCGCAGUCUCAGUGGCUUUUUUUGUCAAUUGGUUGCUUUUUUGAUUUAUUUUUGUAUAUCUCUAAUUUCUAAUUGUACUAAAAUACAUUCAAUGUAAAUUCUCAUUAACUUUUAUUAUAGUGAAAGGUGCAAUAGUUAUUAAUUAAAUAAUAUAUUUCAAUUUUUCCUAAAAUCCCAUUCGGGAAAGUUCUUAUUUGCCGACAAAUUUACCAUUCAAAUAACUUUUACGUCAGCAUCAAGGAAACGAUAUGAAUGUAUCUUCCUCACAAUUUUCACGAUGUUUCUUUAUCCGGAGAAUAAAUAUUUUUUGUUCGGUGUCGAUUUGUCUGUAACGUCAAUGUUUUAUUUACAUUUGCCGUACUUCAUUCAGUCAUCGAAAAGAAAAACUUUCGUUGCCAGGGAACUUCAAGGAAUUUCAUUAAUUUACGUAUUUCAAGUCAUGAACGAGCCGACGCCACCGGACGAAUGUACCAAAAUUGAAGAGCCUGUUCCGCGGCAACCUGGCAAGAAAAAGAAAGCAAAGAAAACGGGUGGCUCCCGGGAAGAGAUGCGUGCUCCCAUGACCAUUUGCAAAGAUGAGCCGGUCCCGGAUGAGAACGAGCCAAUCUUUGUUUCCAAAACGAUGGUGCAUCUCGAAGACGUUUUUGACGAGAAAGCCACCUGUAUGCAUUUCUUGCCUGCACAACGUGACAAUUCUGCAGUCUUAAUUGUUGGACAAAUUGAUGGAACGGUGAGAACUUUUAUCUAUGGUUUUCAGUGACAAAGAAAUAAAAACAGUUGUGAAUUGAGAAUUCGUUGGAGCCAGAGGAAUUUUGCUCAAAUCUGCGUCAUUUUCAGCUUAGUUUUCUCGCGGUUCCCGAAGAGAAUGAUGAUGAGGACACAGAUUCAGAAGCAGAUGAAUGUUGUUUUGAUACGGAUUGUGAGGAAUCCGUUGUCGCCAUAUGUCACGGACAUCUCUUCCCAAAAUACGACGAUUAUAAAUUGCAGUUAGUUUUUUUAAAAAAAUCUUAUUCUGCAUUUGAAAAAUUUUUUUGAAAAUAAAUUUUUUUGGGUGUUUGAUAUAAUAAUGUAUCUUUGACAGAAUCACAGCUCUCGACUAGUGGCUUUUUAACAUUUUUUCUUGUUUCUGGAAAAUAAAUAAGUCCGUUUUUUUUGUCAAGCAGAUGACGGUUUUUCAGCAUUUACAUCACAAGAAUAACUUUUCCAAAGUCAUAAAAUUCAGCAUGAAUUAACCUUUUUUUAAAAAGAAUCAAAUCAAACUUGAUGUUUUUCAGCGAGGUGUUGACCAUCUUCGAAGAAGGCUUGAUUAUGGUUUGGUCGGUUUCCGGAGGAGAUCAUGAGUACCUACGCGUUGAAUCUGUUUAUGAACAGCGUCUCUUGGUGAAAUUCAAAGAUAAUUUUUUCCUAUUCUAAAAUUUCAGUCGAACAUCUCAUCGGCUUGUCUUAUUGACAUGAACCAAAACAAUCACCAAGAACUCAUUGUCAGCAUGACUGACCGCGUUUGUGAGUUUCUCAAAAAAAUACAUCUUUCUAAUCAAAUUUCUACAGUUCGUGCUUAUCGUUGGAGCCAGAAACACGGAAUUAUCGUUGCGACACACAAAUGGGAAGUUCCUGCUCAAAUCAUGGGCGUAGCCAUCGGAGAAGUGUCGUUAGUUUUAAUAUCCUUUGUAUAUUUUCCCAGUUUCUCCUACAUAGGCUCAAAAAAUGUACAAUAUGCUCUGUACAAAAAAUACCUAUUCUCGGAAUAACAAGAAAAAAAAACCACAGGGAAACAAACAAACAUAAGAAUUAAGAAAGUGCAGGAUUCAAGAUAAAAACCGUUCAAGAUAAUUUUUAUCAGCGGCUGGAAAAUUUUGUAGUUUUCAGGUUGAGUUUCAAUAGUAAAAUGAGCUUUGAAAAAAUGACGAGUCGACCUCCAAGUCAUUAUUUAAUAAAAGAAAAUCAAAUGGCUCCAAUCAGUUUAAAAUUUGAAUAACUGCAGAACAACUCUCAACGGCAUGGAAAUCUGGACUUCUCAAGCGAACGCGGCUUUCUUCAUCUCGAUUCCUUGCACCGGCCGUGAACUGCCAAAACACCGGGAACCUGAGAAUUUUUUGGAUAGUCUGAUUCUUCCAUACAGAUGUCAUUUCUUGUACGUCACUAGCCGUUAUACAGAUCAGAUUCUGAUCAUUGGUUAGUCCCGAAAAAAAAAGAAACGUCCAUUUUCGGUUUUAGUGAAUGGAAAAGAGCGGAUUAUGAGGACGGACAGGGAAGUUUGGUUCCUGGCCGCUACUGUCGUGCGCAUGUCGGAUUUCAAUCUGAUCGUCACGUUGGAUCAAAUGGGUUACAUAUCCAUGUUUGGGUACAACGAAAACAUUUUGAAGGUAAUGUCACCUUCAAUGACACCUCACAAAAAAAUUUGAAUUUUUUCGCAAUUGAAUGUCAAAAAAAAAACUUUAUUUUGAUAUCCUUGAGAAUUUCGUUAACUCAACUUUCCAUCAAAUUAUUCGUCAAGCAAUUUUCCUAAUGUGACGUCAUCAUUCUCAUUUUUGAUGCAACGCGUGAUUUCAAUAGUGCGACAGAUGACAUAACAUAUCAAAAAUCAUAGUGUCAAAAAACUACAAAGAAAAAAACGUGACGCAUGACAAAAAGUAUUCGCUGUAGUUUUUGAUCAAGUUUUCUUCAAUUUGAAAUCUGCAUGUCUCGAAUGAGAAAAAUCUUUUGGGUUGACCCCCAACACCGCUGAAAAAAGUUUUUUGUCUCUGAAGCUGAAAUAAGUUAUCUUUGUGAUCAGUCUAGCAAGAAAUUCUUGCAGUUGAGCCUUCAAUCAGAAUCACUAGAAAAGUUUUUCUCUCCUUUUUAUAUUCAAUUUAUCAAUGGCCAAAGUUUCCUGAUAAACAUUUUUAUCUCGUUGAAGAGAAUUAGAAAUCAUUAUUUUUUCAAAGUGUUGGUGAUCUCUCUCUGUUGUAUCCCGUUUCCCAAUUACCCCAAAAGUCGAAAUGAUUUUAAGAGGCAAAAAACAAAAAACUUUGGCUUGCAGGACCGAGACUCGUUUCCACUGGCUGAGAUCAAAACAAGGGGAAACGCUCUGCGUAUGGUGGCCACAUACUCCAAGGCAAUCGACAAAUUAUACGUUGCCAUUGAGAACAGCGAGUGCGGCGUGACCUGCUACAAUAUCGAGAUGCGCUAUCUCCGCGACAUCAAUAACUAUCGGAAUAGUUUGUAA